UGGCGAUGCCCGCCCCGGAGGGACCCCGCCGCAGCUGACCUCAUUCUUCAGGACCCCGGCCCCGCGGCUCUGUCCAGUUCAAAAUGGCAGAGAAGGCUCCCUCCGGCUUAAACAGGAAGACUUCAAGGUCGACGCUUUCUCUUCCUCCAGAGCCUGUGGACAUUAUCAGGAGCAAAACGUGCUCCCGGAGAGUUAAGAUCAACGUGGGGGGCCUCAACCACGAAGUCCUGUGGAGAACGCUGGACAGGCUGCCCAGGACGCGCUUGGGGAAGCUUCGAGACUGCAACACACACGAGAGCCUCCUGGAGGUGUGCGAUGACUAUAAUCUGAACGAGAACGAGUAUUUCUUCGAUCGGCAUCCAGGAGCCUUCACUUCCAUCUUAAAUUUCUACCGGACGGGGAAACUGCACAUGAUGGAGGAAAUGUGCGCGCUCUCUUUCGGCCAAGAGCUUGAUUACUGGGGGAUUGACGAGAUCUACUUGGAGUCCUGCUGCCAAGCCAGGUAUCACCAAAAGAAGGAACAAAUGAACGAGGAACUGAGGCGAGAGGCAGAGACGAUGCGAGAGCGAGAGGGAGAAGAGUUCGAUAAUACCUGCUGCCCCGAAAAAAGGAAGAAACUGUGGGACUUGCUGGAGAAACCGAACUCGUCAGUGGCUGCAAAGAUCUUGGCCAUUGUGUCUAUCCUGUUCAUCGUACUUUCUACCAUUGCUUUGUCUCUCAACACACUGCCGGAGCUUCAGGGAAAGGACGAAUUUGGACAAUUCAACGACAACCCCCAAUUAGCCCACGUGGAGGCUGUGUGUAUUGCCUGGUUUACCAUGGAGUACCUUUUACGGUUCCUAUCCUCACCGCACAAAUGGAAGUUCUUCAAGGGCCCGCUAAACAUCAUUGAUUUGCUGGCCAUCUUGCCAUACUAUGUCACCAUUUUUCUCACGGAGUCCAACAAGAGCGUGCUGCAGUUCCAAAACGUCAGGCGCGUGGUCCAGAUCUUCCGAAUCAUGCGUAUCCUCAGAAUCCUCAAACUCGCCAGACAUUCGACAGGGCUGCAGUCUCUGGGUUUCACGCUCAGACGGAGUUAUAAUGAACUGGGCUUGCUGAUACUGUUUUUGGCCAUGGGGAUAAUGAUAUUUUCCAGCCUGGUAUUUUUCGCUGAGAAGGAUGAGGAAGCUACCAAGUUCACUAGUAUCCCGGCAUCAUUUUGGUGGGCCACCAUCACCAUGACCACUGUUGGCUACGGUGACAUUUACCCUAAAACGCUACUAGGGAAAAUUGUGGGAGGCCUGUGCUGUAUUGCUGGGGUUCUCGUUAUUGCCCUUCCCAUCCCAAUCAUUGUGAACAACUUUUCUGAGUUUUACAAGGAGCAGAAGCGCCAGGAGAAGGCAAUUAAAAGGAGAGAGGCUCUUGAGCGGGCCAAAAGGAAUGGAAGCAUCGUUUCUAUGAACUUGAAAGAUGCCUUUGCUCGGAGUAUGGAACUGAUAGAUGUGGCUGUUGAGAAGGCCGAAGAGUCAGCCAAUACGAAGGACUCAGCCGACAACAAUCACCUGUCCCCAAGCCGGUGGAAGUGGGCCAGGAAGGCUCUGUCGGAAACAAGUUCCAACAAGUCUUACGAGAAUAAGUACCAGGAGGUUAGCCAAAAAGACUCCCACGAGCAGCUGAACAACACGUCUUCCUCCAGCCCACAGCAUCUGAGUGCCCAGAAACUGGAGAUGCUGUACAACGAAAUCACCAAGACACAGCCUCAUUCUCACCCAAACCCAGACUGCCAAGAAAAGCCCGAGAGGCCAUCUGCAUAUGAAGAAGAGAUAGAAAUGGAAGAAGUCGUCUGCCCCCAGGAGCAGCUGGCCGUGGCGCAGACCGAGGUCAUCGUGGACAUGAAGAGCACCUCCAGCAUCGACAGCUUCACCAGCUGUGCCACCGACUUCAACGAGACCGAGAGAUCCCCGCUGCCACCACCCUCCGCGUCUCACUUGCAGAUGAAGUUCCCACCUGACCUCCCUGGGACAGAAGAGCACCAAAGAGCCAGGGGCCCCCCAUUUCUCACCCUGUCCAGAGAGAAAGGGCCUGCCGCCAGGGAGGGCACGCUGGACUACGCCUCGGCCGACAUAACUGGGAGUCGCGAUGCCGGCAGCUCCCAGUGCGGGCGCCGCGGUCGUUUACAGUCUGACAAUGCCGCUGACAGUCCUAAGAGCUCUCUAAAAGGCAGCAACCCGCUAAAGUCCAGAUCCCUCAAAGUGAACUUUAAGGAAAGUAGAGGCAGUGCACCACAGACCCCGCCCAGCACAGCCAGGCCUCUGCCGGUGACGACGGCUGACUUUUCGCUCAGCACCCCACAGCACAUCAGUACCAUCCUCUUAGAAGAAAACCCCCCUCAGGGAGACAGACCCUUGCUGGGUGCUGAGGUUGCAGCACACUGUCAGGGACCUUCCAAAGGGCUGUCCCCUAGGUUUCCCAAGCAGAAACUGUUUCCUUUCUCUUCAAGAGAGAGGAGGAGCUUCACUGAAAUAGAUACUGGCGAAGAUGAAGACUUCUUAGAGCUCCCAGGGGCAAGGCAGGACGAGCAGGCGGACUCCAGCCCAAAUUGUUUUGCAGAUAAGCCUAGUGACGGAAGAGACCCUUUAAGAGAAGAGGGCUGUGUGGGCUCUUCCUCCCCCCAGAACACAGGUCACAACUGUAGGCAGGACAUUUACCAUGCUGUGGGUGAGGUCAAAAAAGACAGUAGUCAAGAAGGGUGCAAGAUGGAAAACCACUUGUUUGCCCCAGAAAUUCAUUCCAACCCAGGAGACACAGGUUAUUGUCCCACACGUGAAACCAGCAUGUGACUAGUUACAAAAGCAAUAAAAAAAAAAACAAAAAACAACAAACUUGUUUCUUAAAAAUGUGGUUAAUAAUGCCUGUGAACUAAAAAUGGGAAGCCCCCUCCCAAAAAAAGUGCAUAAAAUGUUAUUUUUGCAUGGCAUGAACAGUUUAGUUUAAGUACUGUUUAAAUAAAGAGUCAAGACUGCAUUUUGUAACAAACAAACAAAAAUGACUGAAGAACAGUGAACAAAUAAAGAGAGCUCUAUUA